ACCAGUAUGUGUGGCUGCUAAUACUUCUUGGGCUCUCUCUCACAUGCCGUACAAUAAAAAGCAAAGGCUCUCAAAAUUACACCGUAAUAACAUCCCCUCCACAAGCAAAUAAAAACCCAUCUAAAACAUCUAUCACAAGUUAUUAGUUCUAACCAGCAAGGGUAAAAGAGCCUGCCUCCAAUUCUCUUGGAGAUAACCUUUGGGAAUCUGCUGCUGGUGUUUGUGUUUUCCGAUGGCUACUUCGAUAUCUGCAACUGGGUUGAAGGGAAGUUUGUGUUCCUCCUUCCAUGGAGAAGAUUAUGCCAUGCUAACCAAGUCAGUGCCAAACCAUGUUCGAGUUGGGAAACCUGUGAGAGCGCUGCCCAUGAUGAAAAACGUCAAUGAAGGAAAGGGUCUCUUUGCGCCGAUUGUUGUUGUGACUCGUAACAUCAUCGGCAAGAAGCGAUUCAAUCAGUUUAGAGGAAAGGCAAUUGCUUUGCACUCGCAGGUUAUUACUGAAUUCUGCAAGUCAAUUGGAGCAGAUGCAAAGCAAAGACAAGGCCUCAUCCGACUGGCCAAGAAGAAUGGAGAACGACUAGGAUUCCUUGCAUGAGAUGGAUUUUGUUCAGUCCAAAAGAAUGGUUUAAGAUCAUAGUUCCUUAGAUUUGGCACGUAUUACUAUUACCACCUCAAGUAUUCCACUUUGCAGUUAGCAGUACUAUUAUUUCUUUGAUAGUCGGAAUAAAAAUAUCCCAUAGAGGCAGCAAUGUGGGAGGGUUAACCCCCCAGAGCAGACUGACCAUCUAUUGGAUCAGACCUGAUAUAAUCACAUUUUUAGGGCUUAGGUCUAUAGUAAAUGUAACAAGUGAAAUUGAUACCCUAUAUAUUCAGCAUACAUUUCUGGCC